UUUUCAAUAUAAACAAAAAUCUUCAGUGAAAGAAGAAACAAAUAGAAAAGAGAAAUUGAAAACUUUCCCUAAAAAGACCCAUAACUCAACAUGUAAACCCUGCACAAGAUGAUGCCUAUGCGAUGCCCCAAUGACGGUAAUCUCUUAAAAUCCACAAACUCCUCCUCAUCAAAAUGCACUGCAUGUUACGAAGAAGAUGACAAAAAACAAGGCCGCAAAUGUGAUCAUUGCAAUUUUAGUUUCCACGAGGAAUGCAUGAACCUCAACCUUCCUUCUCAUCAUAAACACACUCUCAAGCUCGCAAAUUAUUACCAAUGCCAUCUAUGUCACGACGAUGAGCCCAAAGUGUUGUAUCGAUGUUCACAAUGUGAUUUUAAUAUAUGUAUCCCGUGUGCGAGAAAGCCUCUGAUCAUCAACCAAGCUAAGGCGCACAAGCAUGAACUCCAACAAAUACCGAUUAAGCUUUCCUUCACCUGUGAUGCAUGUGGAUUUUUCAGUUCAGACUACCCAUGUAUUUGUCAUCAAUGUUGUUUCAUAACCCAUAGAAAAUGCAUCUUCUUACCACGUGUUAUAUAUAUCAACCGGCACGACCACCGCGUCUCUCAUGUUUCCUCUCUGGGACCUGGGAACUGGAUUUGUGGUAUAUGCCAUGAGCCUGUUCAAGGAGGGUAUGUAGCAUAUUCUUGCUUAAUUUGCUCUUAUGUUGUUCAUUCAAAGUGUGCAACAGAUCGUUAUAUUUGGGAUGGGAGAGAACUCGAAGGGAAACCCGAAGAAGAAGAAGAAGGUAAGCCAUUUGAAGUGAUAGAUCAAAACCUAAUCAAACAUUUUAGCCAUGAACACAAUCUGGAGGCUUCACUAGGACUCCAAGAAGAUAAACACUGCUAUGCAUGCACCAUUUCUUUUAAUUCUGAAAGGUGUUACAGAUGUACACAAUGUGAUUUUAUGCUUCACGUUGCAUGCGCUAAUCUCCCUCUACGAAAAAGGCACCUGAUCAGCAGACGCCAACUUAAUUUGCAUGUCAACUAUUCGUCUGCUAAAUUCACCUAUUUUUCGUGUGACGCUUGCGAACGUUAUUGCACUGGUUUCAAAUAUGCUAAUUAUAUAUUCGGCUUCCAGAUUGAUGUUCGUUGUGCGUCAAUUACUGAUGCAUUUAAACAUGAAAGCCAUCCACAUUGGUUGUUCCCAUUUAAAUCUUAUGAGUCACGCAGGAAAUGUACAGUUUGUGACUCGGUACAUGAGGUGCAUCUACGUUGCAUUAUUAAUCAUGGUGCUUGUGGAGGCUUCACUUUAUGCUUCAAAUGCGCUACUCUACCCACACAGCUGGUAAGACACAAAUAUGAUGACCAUCCUCUCUCCUUAGGCUAUGGUGAGGGAAAUGCGAAUUCAACCUAUUGUUGCGGUGUAUGCGAAGAGGAAGGAUUCCCCGAGAGAGGGUUUUACUGGUGUCGUGAUUGUAACUCCACUCUUCAUACUAAAUGCGUAUUUACAAAUCUAUUACACCCAAGACCUGGAUACACUUUAAAGAUACGUGACAAAGGAACAUUUGAAUUGCUUCCCAACAACAGUCUGUCUCGGCCAACUUGCUAUGAAUGUAAAAACCAUUGUAUCGGUGAUUUGGUUCUGAAAAGUCAGGUAAAUAAAAGUGUAUUCAUGUGCUCUUCUUGUGUCUUUCCUGAAAAAUAAUCGCAUGCGAUUCAUAAAACUCUUGUAACUUUUAUUUAUAAACGGAAUUGUUUUUUCUUCUAAAACAAUAAUCUCUAAGCAAA